ACUCCACCCCGACGUUCGCUCGUAUGGAACGGCCCUCAGCUCAUGACGCCGGAGGAGGAGUCGAAACAGAUCUUAAACUGGGAGGCGACGAUGGUGCAGAGCGCGGGGGGUCGGAUGGACCACCCGAAGAACCGCAAGAUCGUGCUGUGGGUGCAUCUGAAGGAUUUGCAGAAGGAGACGGGCCUGAGCGACGACGCGUUGGAUUACAUCAGAGACGUGUGCGACGCCGCGGGGAGGUUCGACCCGAGGCACAACAUAAUUCGCAUCGUGUGCACGCGGUCGAGGAACCGAGAGCACAACCGGCAGUGGUGCCUGAAGGUAUUGUACGACCUCAUCAUGGACGCGAACCGGGAGUACCCGAGCGAGUCGUACUUUUUCGAUCCGAAGGGGCCGCCCGACGUGAGCAAGCUCGAGUGA